AGCUUGAUCAACGUCUUCCUUACCCCGACAUGCACCCGCUGCUCUCUGAAAAUGUCUGAACCUACCAUCCCUUACGGCAUCAAGAGGAGGCGUAGCGCGGUGCGGGACCAGAACGAACGCAUUAUAUUCCAGUUCAGAAAUGGACUGAGCCCAUGCGUCUCAGAUGUUAUUUCAUACAUACGAUCAAGGAGUUCGCCAUUCUCCCUGCCUAGAGGGGAAAGCAGGAAUGCAGUGUGUACAGCUCUUGGCUGGAUGCGUGGAAACGUGCGCAAAGAGAUUCGGUCAGCGAACGUCCCCACCGCUGUCCAGAUCGUGUAGAACGUUGAUCGGCAUGAUCUCUAUUGCGCGACGAACGGAUAGAGCGGACUGUCGCGUCUGAACUCAUCGCAUUACAGCCAUCACAAUAUAUCCUGGAUUUCGAUAUUAUGCAGAUGUGCAUUCUGUAUGAACAUUGGCAGGAUACCUCAUUGUAUCAUGUGGAUGUCAGGUAUGAGAAUGUCAUCACUUAGUGGCUGUGUAUACUCCUGCUGUUGCCAAGAGAGGUCAUCUGCUGAUAACGACUUUCCCUUAUUACAUUGACAACCACCCACUCCUCCUUUUCUCCGCCCUCCUCACACUCACCCUGCGAUGUUGUUGUUGCCGUUUGUAGUUCGCCGACGUUUUGGUACAGAGUACAAACGACUCGGAUCCAAGUGUUUGUCACGUGGGGGGCGGCCCAGACAAACUUGAAAGCCGG